CUUUCUAUCUCUCCCUCUCUCUGAUUCUUGAGCUUCUUCCGGUUCACAAAGACUGACUCGACCCAUCUUUCGCUGCUUCUGCAAUGGCCACCGACGAACAUCACUCGCCCACGACGACUACGACGGCGGUGAUGACCGCGAGCUCGACAGGGCCGAAGAGGGAGAGACCCACAGAGAGCAGGUUGUUUGGCAAGAGUACCUACAAGUUCUGGGUCUUAGCUGCCAUCCUCCUGCUCGCGUUCUGGUCGAUGCUCACCGGCUCCGUCACUCUCAAGUGGUCGGCCGGCAACCUCGCCAGAUUCUCCUCCGACUUGCUCGAUUCGCCUUCCUACGAAGAUCUCGACAUCUUGGAAGUGGAGCAGAGAGAGAAGGUAGUGCGGCACAUGUGGGAUGUGUACACGCAGAGCAAGAGCAGUAGAUUGCCCAAGUUCUGGCAGGAGGCCUUUCAGGCUGGUUAUGAGUUCUUGACGAGUGAUGUGCCGGGCGUUCGCGACGUCGCCGUUUCUGAGAUCGCGAAGAUGUCCCUUCGCUCAUUCACUUCCUCCGACCCUCUCGCUGCUCAUUCUCAUUCUGUGAAUGACGACAACCAAAGAGAGGCUUCUGCGAUAAUACUCAAAGCUGGCCAGGGCACUCAUGUUGCAAGGAUACUAUAGUUAGAAUCUCUCUUCUGCACGAUGCACCUCACUGGAAUGCCAGUUAGCUGCUUCUGGUUUUUACUGAAGACGGAGAUGAUUACACACAUAAAAUCCGUCAUUUGUAGGCAAAUAAUCCACGUGGAAUACCCUACUCCUAUAUCGGAAUCCCGUGUUCUUGUGCUGUACUUCUGUUCUUCAAGUUGGUAGGCAAUUACAUCGAGCUUUGUAUGAGCUUAUGCUGUUGCUAAAAAGCCCAUGAAGAUAUGGGUUUGAGUUUACAUUACAUGUAUGUACGAGCGAUUCUCUUAUGAGUUUCGUCCGGAGAUCAGAUGCAAUAGAUACUUAUGUUUAGUCCAUCGGAGUAAAAAGCAGAUCAAUCUUCAGAGCGUAAUGAA